ACUUCCUUCCUCCGGGACAGCAGAACCACCCGCAGGCGGCUCGGCGCUCCAGGCAGCUCGCGGAGCUAGAGCGCAGUGAUGGGCUCCCUUCUAAGCAGCGACAGCUCCAAGUCUGCACCCGCCUCCACCACCCCUCGGACGCAGGAGCGCAGCGGGCACACGGAGCUGCCCAUCACGUCCUUCGACUGCUCCGUGUGUCUGGAGGUGCUACACCAGCCGGUCCGCACCCGCUGUGGCCACGUGUUCUGCCGAUCUUGCAUCUCGACCAGUAUAAAGAACAAUAACAAGUGGACAUGCCCAUACUGCCGGGCAUACCUUCCUUCAGAAGGAGUGCCCGCGACUGAUGUAGCCAAGAGGAUGAAGUCAGAAUACCAGAACUGUGCCGAGUGCGGAACUCUAGUCUGCCUCAGUGACAUGAGGGCCCACAUAAGGACGUGUGAGAAGUACAUCGAUACAUACGGCCCACUGCAGGAGCUUGGCGGGACCACAGCAAGAUGUGUAUGCCCAUUUUGUCAGAGGGAACUGGAUGAAGACUGUUUGCUGGACCAUUGCAUUAUCCACCACAGAUCAGAAAGGAGGCCUGUGUUCUGUCCGCUUUGCCAUUCACGACCUAAUGAAAACCCAAGUUCCUUCAAUGGCAGUUUAAUUAGACAUUUGCAAGUCAGCCACACUUUGUUUUAUGAUGAUCUCAUAGAUUUUGAUAUACUUGAGGAAGCCAUUAUUCGCAGAGUGUUAGACCGCUCACUCCUUGAAUAUGUGAAUCAGUCAAACACCACAUAAUUUUAUGAACAGGAAGGGGACCAUUCACUCAUACCGUUUAAGAUGCUGCUUGAAGGACUGGAGGGAAGGUGUCAAUGAUGGAGAAACAUGUACUAAGUGUUAUACGCUUGUCUUUCUUAUGCUGCAUUCAAAAACUGUUUUCUGGUUUAGAUCUGCCUUUACAUUCUUGAGUUUACUAGACAUUUAACCACAUGAAACAACCUCCAUCAGCCAUUAGCAGAUGGAAGAGACACAAGGCAGGCUGGCUAUGUGAUGGAGUAGCUUCAUGUGUACAUUAGUGAUACUGUGUAUAACGCUAUGGAUCCCCAACUAUCAUCAUGGUUAAUCGAGAAAGACAAUCUCUGUCCUAUGUUAAAAGAUGGAGAAAGGAAGGAAAUAUGGACAAGGUAAUCUGAAAUUUAUGCUCAAACUCUCAUGCUCUAAUCUCCAAUAAAGAACCUGAAAAAAAUCUUAUGAGAAAGAAGGAAAAGAAAGAAUUUGAAGUCAUCAAAAUCCAAUUUAACCAAAUUACAGUACACAAUACUGCAACAAAUUCCACGUUUGAAGUGUGUUCUUAGCCAGGCAUGGAGAGCAUGAGUGUAAUCCUGGUAUUCAGGUGGUGAGCACAGAAGGUUGAGAAGAUCAAGGCAGCUUUGGCUAACAAGCUGGCUAUUGAGACUAUACAACAACAUUUAAAAACUUAAAAAGGAAAAAAAGUGCACUUAACUACUGAUGUAUUAUAUUUGCACAUAUACAAAUUUCAUGAAAUAUUUUUCAAACACCCAUAGCUUACUCCUUGGAAGUAUUUUAUCAUGUAGGUGAUUUCUAAGACCCAUCUGUGGGUAUUCAUGGUCCUUUUCACAUUGAUGAUUUUGAGGGGAACUCACAAAGUUUGUUUUUCAUUUUAACAUCUUAAAAAGUAUAAAAUAAAGCACAUGUACUAAAAGCCAGAUAUGAAAUGCUUAGCUUAAUGUGUCAUAAAAAACAUGGUUCAUGGAUGGUUAUGCGUGUACCUCUUAGAGGCUGAGCAGGAUUAUAGUUCAAAGUCUGCCUGGGCUAGAGUGGAAGACCCCGUCUCAAAGCCAAAGAAACAAAAGCAUUAUUAGCACACUUAUUUAGACAUCUGUGAAUAGACUUCCCCCCAUUACAAAUGACACUUUAUUGAGGUUCAACUUCAAUUCUCUUUGGCCAUCCCUUGAAGGUUGAGUCUUCUUAACACUGUAUUACUUUCCUUGCUGUCUCCUACAGCAAGGUCUUCUAUGUUGAAUUUGUUUCCUUCUAUGGACCUGAGAUCAGUAACUCUCUAAGAAGCCUGCUUUCUUUCUGUAGGGAAUAGUAGAUGCCUAUAAAGAGGAUCUGUUGUUCAAGGUCUUCCUCGGCUACAAUGCAGCAUCAAGGACAGCCUAGGCUACACAAGACCCUGUCUCAACCUGCCCCCUUCUUCAUUCCAGAAAAAAAAUCUUUUAAGGUCAAUGACUGCUAUUGAGGUGUCCAUUGUCUCAAGGAAAGCGCCAGGGAACAGCUGUAUGCUUGUUGUAAAGAUGAGAAAAUGGCUUGGUGGCCAUCGUAGCCCAGGAUGGCUGCUAACUAGAGACCCUGUGGCUUCAGCCUCUGUGUGUACAGGCACAGGUGUGUGCUGCCAGGCCUGCGAGACCCUUGGGGACGGUGCCAACGUCUUCUGUUAGGCUCUGCUCUCUCCCUCUCACCCACUAAUUCUUCAAGCAAUGUGCAUUUAUCACAAUAUGAUAAAAUUUCACAUGUGAUUCUUUACUGUUACAUUCAGGACACUUACUAGGAUUUCCAUCUUGGGAUUGAGAAAAAGUUAACAAAGGCCAUAGACGUGAACUCCCGACUGUUAUCUGACUUAAAAUGCCUUUUGUAAAGGGGCUGAGCUGGCUCAGUAGGGAAGAGCACUGAAUGCCAAGCCUGGGAGUCAGAAUUCCAUGCCUGUGAUCACAUUUGUGAAGGAGAACUAACUCCCACGGGUGCAAGCAUCCUGUGUACUCCCCAUCACACACAACUAAGCUUGAUACAGUUUAUAUUGUAAUUAUAUAUAAGCAUCAUUUGUUGUACAUAAACACAGUCAUAAUCAUGGCGCCAUGAUUUCUUCCCCAUUUGGAGACGGGUUCUCAUAUGUGCGCCUGGCUGGUCUGGAGCUCACUGUAAAGCAGGCUGGCCUUGAACUUCAGGUGAUCUUCCUGCUUCUACCUCCUCCUAAGAGCUGGGACUUAGAUAUGGGCCAAGGCUUCUAAAAUUUCCCUAAUUGUCCACAACUGCUUUGAUAUUGCUACUGUUUGUUCCUCAGGACAAGGCAACUAGGAAGAUAGAAAGCUGGGGAGGUAAAGGGCUUCAGGGCAACCCUUGAGUUCCUCACUUAUCUUUAGGUGUUGUGUCAGAUCCAGGAACUGUCUGCCUAGGGCCAGUGUUGGAGCACAGUCACAUUGCUUUCCAUACUGACUGCAAACUUGCUCUUUGAGUAACAGACUUGUAGUCUGGGUCUGAGUGAAUGAUACAAUAAAAGAAGUUUUUUUUUUUUUAAGAGAUGCCCAUGAGGGAAAUCACAGCACAGUUCUGAACAUUGGUAACUGCUGCCCUGUCAGUCAGUCUAGGUUAAUUUAGAGCAAUAUGAAAGUCAUGGGUAAGUUUAAAACCCUACUGUGGGGCUGUAGAGAUGACUCAGCUGCUUAAGAGCACUGACUGCUUCCAGAGGACCUGGUUCAAAUCCUAGCACCCACGUGGCGGCUCACACCUGCCAGUAACUCCAGUUCCAGAGGAUCUGAUGCCCCCACAUAAGACAUAUGCAGGCGAAACACCAGUACACAUAAAAUAAACACUGACAAAACAAACAUUCUGGCUCAGUGGGUAAAAUGCCCUCUGAACAGGCUGGCACCCAACUUUGACUCCCAACAAACUCAAAGGAGAACUGAACCAUAAAAGUUGUCCUUUCAUAUCUGCACCUGCACUGUGGCAUGCUGGAGUCUGAAUUCACACAAAGAAUAAAGAGGUGUGGGGGGUGGAGAGAUGAGUGAGCACUUAGGGUCCGUUCUACUCACAGACCCUAAGGACCUAGGUCUCAGUCCCCAUGUCGGACAGCUCACCCCAGCAGCUCCUGUCUGCCUUCCACUGGUGCUUGGGAACACAGGUGCAUGCUCACAAAUUCUUAAAAUAUAAUAGAAAUAAUUUAAAAAAAAAAACCAAACAACUGCGUUCUAAAUGGGGCAUGGUGACUAAAGCCUCUGAUUCCAGCACUUGGGAGGACGAGGCACAAAGAUCAGGAGGAGCAUAAGGCCGGCCUCAGCUAUAUAGUUUGGGGCUGGCCUGGGGUUAUAUGUGACUCUGUCUCAAACACCAAAACCCUGUGUGCUGAGUACUAAAUUCAAGUACAUGGGCAAACUCAGAAUCCUACCCAAGGCUUUUUUGUCUGUUUUUUAAUUUUGCCACCCAUAGGAUAAAUUAGGUGCUGGUCACCUGAGUUUUUUUGUAUUCUGAAUUGCUGUGUUAUGAAAAUGAGAUGAAGAUACAAUUUCACUGUGCAUUUAUCUUAUAAAAAGGAAUUUGGUUCAUUGCUUUCAAAAGUAAAAACCAGUAUUCAAAGUUGUUAAUCAUUAAUAAGAAACUUUUAUGUGCUUUUUGUGAAUAUUGCCUAAUGAAACAACUUUACAAGGGGGAAAAUGAUGCUGUGUUAUUUUAAAACUAAGUUCUCCUAAACUUGGAAAAUGGCUUGUGAUCAGUGGGAAGGAGUUAGCUUCUAAGAACCCCUGACUCUGGCGAUGUCAGCUCCUGCUGUUACUGGGGAUUAGGUUUGUUUCAUUUCAA